UGUUUUGUAGUAGUUUUAUGGAAUGGGUAGCUGGUAGUUGCUUGGAUGUGAGAUUGAGGAGAUGAAUGUAACUACAGUUCUUGUAACUAGCGACUUUUUGUAACUUAAACGUGUAAUAAAUUAGGAAAUGGUAUAUAUUGAUUUAAAUAGCAUGUGAUUUGAGGUAUUCCCCGUAAAGAUGGCAAGUAGCCAAAGUCAUUUACUGGGGCUUGAAGGAGGGACGGUGCAACUAAUUUUGUGUGAACACCCGUUAGGAUUUAUUUGAUCUAGCAUUUACUGUACUUCGUGGGCUACUGAAAGACGUGACAUACUACAAGAACAAAAUGAGUCAGGGAGCAGGAGAUGCCGUUCCUCGCAUCUUAUUAAAAGAGGUUCCGAAAGGUGCAAAGAUAAUUGAUAUAUAUUGGGGACUUCAGAAAUUCGGUACUAUUACGUACAUUGGACUUGGCAAUGACAAUGCUGUAAUAGAGUUUGCAGACAGGAUCUCAGUUGGUAAAGUAUUGUCGAGCCACCCAGUUCGAGUGAAAACAAAUACUGUGCGUGCUUCACAUGAGCCCGAAUGGAAGUCCAUUUCGGGACUGGUCAACAUGCACGAGACAUUUACACUAGAUCCCAACAUAAAGGCAGUCUUGAAGAAUGAGGACUCUUUUAACCAGAAAAUUGCCGAUCUGGUUAGUACGGCCGAUAAAUUGACUUUGGACUUUGAUGAUGACAUAGAUGAUGGUGUUGGCAGUCGGGAACGUCAUCCUGUGUGUGCCGUGCUGGAGAGGAUACUUCCUGACGAGUUAGUUCCCAACGUGAGAGUGUACCCGUUUGGCUCUCGUGUCUCCGGUACUGCUCUGGAGACAAGUGACCUCGACAUCUUCAUAGACUGUGGUGACACGUUCUACGGCGAGUAUGUCCCGAACGUGGAGGAGCUGGUGUCCAUUGUACAGACCGUGAAACGACAGCUAGCUAAGGCGUGGCCCGAGUUCAACCACGUGACGGCCAUUCCCAGGGCACGUGUGCCCAUCGUCAAGUUCCUCCACUGUCCCAGCAACACGCGCUGUGACGCAGCCUUCACGAAUGGCAUCGGUUGCCGCAAUGCUCGGCUGUUGAGAUUUGUGUUGUCUCUGGACAGCCGCGUCCGGCCCCUCCUGUUGUUCCUCAAGCGCUGGGUUUACAGCAUAGACUUGACGCCGGUAGCCAGGAACUCGCCGAGACCGGAGCUGACGUCCCAUGCUCUUGCUAUGGUCACCUUCACCUUCCUACAGACGGUGAAGCCUCCCAUCCUGCCUCCCAUAAAGGGUAUAAAGGAAGCUGCGGACUACAGCAUCAAGGUUGCAGGUUGGGAAACCGCAUUUUGCAACGACAGCGAACAGUUCCGCAUCACAGAUCCCCACGACAGGCGGUCUGUCCGUGAACUGCUGCUGGGCUUCCUGCAGUGCUUCCAGCGGAUCGACUGGCAGAAGAUGGCGGCAUCUCCGCUGGACGGAGUGUUUAUGCCACGCCAGUCGGUGCCACGCAUUGUGCCUACGAAAUCUGCAGCGAUGGUGGUUCUCGACCCAUUCAACCUGAGUCGAAACCUGACCGUGAACGUCAGUGACGUGGCACUGUGUCGACUCUGCGCAACUUGUGCGUUGACAGAGAGGGAGAUGACUUCUCGCUGAUGGCAGAUGUGCAAUCCAUAGCAGAACAUCUGGAAGUCACAGAAGUUGAAGAGGUGCACCUAGAGGGAUACAAGCACACCUGCAUCAUCACAACCAUUCUCCGUUAAGGCACUCACAACCACAAGGGUCUAAAGCACACUGUCGUCAAUCCCACAUUGAAGUGAAUAUCAGAGAAAUGGGUGAGACAGCAUAUAUACAGUUUGGGCCUUCAGCACAGAUAAAGCUGACUUACUAUAAGAUCCACAGAUGUCAGGAUCCUGCGUUAAAUCUACAAUCUCAAAAUCAACGGUGAUGUAUUUUAGGGCCUUAUUGUUCUCAGAACUUCAAUUAUUUGCAUCUUUUUAUUAAUGUGAUAGGCAUUUUUCACUCAAGAUAGUGUCUAAGAUAUUUUGGUGAGUGUUUUAUAUCUUUUCAAAGUUAGUCCACAAACAGUAAAUGUUCAUAUUACACUUGAAAUUUUUGUCUCCAAAAAAAAAAUGCUAGUUGUCUUUCGCAGUCUUCUUCUUUUUCCAGGUCGUCUGUCAUAUAUUCAGGGCUUCAGCUGGUUGUUCUGCAUUUCGUAAUGCUACUGGUAUAAGGUGGCCAGAUGUCUUUCCUGUCAUGUGUACCCUGUUUGUCUACAUCAACUGUGAAAGUGUGAGAACAUCUUCAAAAUGUUUUUGAACUUUGUAACAGUGAUGGGACAAUGGUACCAGCCAAGUACACCUUGGCAGAUGUGAGGAAACUGCCUAAAACACACAUCCAAGCUGGCAAAGACACCAGCCCUCAUCAUUAAAAUGGCAAAAAGUCAUUACCAUCAGUUCUUUCAGUAUGACGCAAGUCACUAAAGACUUUGCUAAUAAAUGACACUCCACCCACAUCACCAUUGUAUCCUGUUUAAUAACUAUUUACUGCACUGCCUAAGGUCUCCUGUUAAUGAGGAGUCCCAUGAGUGGGCAUUCCUCAGCCCAUUAUAGAGGUGAGAGUUUUCAAAAAUCGUAGUCAUUAUUUUUAUGUUCCAGGAAGCCAGGUAUAUUUGUAGAUAUGCCUUAUCCAACUUUUCUUGUCCUUCUAAAGCCGUUUCUCCUUCAUUUGAUGUGAGUCAGUGCCUCAAAUUUUGUGGAUCUGCUUCUCCCAGCUGUCAAAAGGUCACCUCCUCAGUGUCUUCCAUGACACAUUUCGAUAGAAAUAAUCCCGAGGGGUGCCCGGCUCCUGCAAGCACUUUGAUUAGAGGGUCUCAAAUGGGCUUCUUUCUAAUCCUAGCUGUUGUCAGAUCAUCUUUUCUUAUUUUAUCUGCUUUUGUUUUUUAUAGACAGAGACAGAACAACAUACCGAAGUAUCUAACACCCUCCAAUCUCUGGAUGUAUUGUGUUGACGGAGGGAACAUUAUGUAAGUACCAGAACUUGUCCACUGCAUCUAUCACCUCAACUGCAAUCUGUACAUGGGCUGUUGUAAAGUUCCUACUCAGUAACAAAUCAGUUGUCUUGGUUUUACUGAUUUUGAGUUCAAAAAAAAUGAACUCUUAAUGCAAAAUACCUAGUGUAGUUCAUACCUCCAUGUAUGUCUCCCUCCCCAAAUAAUUCAAUCAUUGGCAAAAACUUAAGUAUUAAUUGUUGGAUCAUUUCUUUUGAAUGCUUUUAAAAUGUCAUCCAUUAUGCAUCUUCAUUGUUGGACUUUACUCUGUUUAAAAUGAACCUGACCUUCCGUUUAGUUAUGUAAUCCCAUAACUGUCUCACUAACUUAAAAGUGCAUUUUGUGGAAACAAGUGGCAUUUCCUACAGUUGAAAACUUCAGUCUGAUCAGCUCUUCUUUUCAGUCACAGUGGCUGUUGUCAAACUCAUUUUGGAUGGAUUGUGGCUGUAGAGCAUACUCUUUCAGGAAAUAGUAGUUACUGUGAAUAUGGUGCCUCUUGGUCAAGCAGCAGCUUGUCCUUCCAGCAAAGUGAGUUAGUUUCAUGUUCUGUGGAUCAUUUGCAAUGAAAUUGUAAUGAUGUGGAAUGAACUAUUUUAUGUACACAUCACAACUUAAUGUUUAAACAUGGCUAGAUGCCGAACAUUUACAAUUUUUUUUUACCUUUUUGUCCAUCUUUUAUAUAUGUUGAAUUUCCUCCUUUUUCAUGUUAACUCUACACAAAAAUGAUGCUAGUCUGUAACCUCUGAUACAUAACUUCUCCAUCUCUGUGGGGUCAUGGUGUUCAGAGAGGCACAGAACAUAUCAUGACAGAAUUAUCCACAUCUUCUAGGCAUACAAGAAGCUCAUCUAUCUUGUUUUUCAACCUUCUGACGUUCUCCAAGUUGGUGACUCCCCAACUUUUACAUAACACAUGCUGCUUAUUUCUCAAGCAGCAAAAUCUAUAUCCGUGAGAGUGCUGCUGAGUAGCUGUCCACGUUUUCAAAUUAGACACACAAUUUUUUGUAGAAGUCUAUCAAAAAUACAAGUGCCAAUUGAUGUCCCUUUCCUCAUACCCAUACUAGUUACAUAAUAACCUGGUUCUAUUUGUUUUUGUAGAGAUAUUAGGGCAUUGGAUUUCAUUUUUUCUUUCGUCCAACAAUUUUUGGUAAGAUAGAGAUCAGUGGUAAAUGUUACUUUCAAAACACUUAACUGAAAUGAAAAUAUAUGCUGUCUAUGACCUUUUCAAUUUGGUUAUUGUUAAAGAUGUGGUGUCUGAGAACUAUCCAAUAUAAUAAAGAAGAGAAAGAUGCCAUAUUUAGGCCAAAUCAUGCAAAAUUAAAAAUACUGAUUCUUGCAACUGAUAACUGAAGAAAAAAGAGGAAGUCUUGGCUGUGGUACAUAGAUGGUGGACAUAACUACAUGGUAUCACUGAAUCUGAAAGACUACUGAAACUAGUUAAUAUUCAUUGGAAAGAGGAGACAUGAUUGAAUAGUUGUUAAAAUGCAAAGAAUAUAAGGCUAGUUUUGUUUUCUUACAUUUCCUAUGGAGUAUUAUUCCUUCUCUAGUCAUAGUGUAAUUGUAUUUAGAAAGAAAAUUGCAGUAUUUAAUAAUUGUGCUUUUUAGUCACAUCUGAUUUGGUAGAUUAUUCAUAAGCUCAUCUUCCUUUCUAUUAAAUAAAUGUAAAAUUUUGUCGUUGAGAAAGCGUAUUGGUUUUCCAUGAUAAAUGGAAGGUAAUCCUGUUCCUUUAGUAAUAUUAUUUGUCAUUCUGUGAUUGUGAAACUCCCAUGUUGUCAUUUAAAUAUUGAUUACUGUCACUCUGUUCAGGGUAACAGGCUUUUGUGAUUUGCCAACAGUAUUAGGCACUGUAGAAUCCAGUAUUUUUAACAUUGUGUAAAUUUAUAGCAAACAAAAUUAUGUCUGGUACUGUGCCUUGCUUUAGGUAAUGGUAGUGAUGAAUCACCCAACAGGCAGUUCUAAAUUAAAUAUGCUCUGAAUUGUAGCAUUCUGGUGUUAUUAAGACAGAGAAUUGUAAAAUGUGCAGUAGAUUUGAACUGCAUAAAGCAGAUUCCAGGGACACAUUGUAAAAAAACUUUACACCCACAUGUAAGGUGGUGGUCUGUUGUUUAAUGCAGAAACCUCCAUUCCUUGAUGACAGUAGCUUUGUUUUUCGUGAAAAUUUAUAUUUGUAUUUUGCAUGUUUUGUUGUGUGUGUGAAUGUUAAAAGAUAUGUAGAAAUGAGUGAAUCACUUUUGAAAAGCAUUUUUUUUUCCUCUCUAAAAUUUUUAACCAUCUUUCAUAAAGUGUACCAUUGUAUUUAGGUUGCAUGCUGAUGUAGAACCUGAUUACUUGGUCCACAUCCCUUAAGGUUCUCCUUCUGCUUUGGAUCUAUAGAAUACAAAAACUUAAUGUAGUGUUUGACAUAGUUCUAUGUGAAACAUUUUGUUUGCACAUAAGAAAGGGUAUUGUGAGAAACUAAAUAUGGCAAUGUAGGGAAUAGGAGGCCAGUGCCAUUGCAUGUGAGAAUGGUAUUGUGAGUGCUGGGUGUAGAAUUAAGAGGUAAAAAAGGGACUUUUUCCCAUCUGAUGUUGUGAUCUAAAAUCAAUAGUACAAUCAUUGUCUUGAUAGAACAAUUGAUGUUAUUUUUGCAGAUAGUGUCUCUCAGACUUGUAUUUUUCUAACCAAAGAAUGCCAUUUUAGUCAAUAGAAGUCAAUAAUUUUGUGUAUGAUAUUUUCCAGUUACAUAUAUUUGUAGAAUAUAUAUUCAAUAAGUGAUAGGAAAACUGCAAUCUGAUCGCUACUCUAGGUGCAGGCCUUACCUAUUCCAGAAGGUCAUUAACGAGAAUACCAACAAAAAUCUGAGAAUUCUGGUGUAGACACUUGAAAGGAAACUCUAACGGAUUAGAAUAAGAGUUCAUCUCUCAAAUAGUAGAAUAAAUACUCACAGAUAAAAACAAAACCUGACAAAUCCCAGUGUUUCAGACUCAAGGUUGUCUUACAUAGCAAAAGAGGAUGAGUAAUUUCCAAAAAGUCUAGUUCCCUUUAACAGUUUACUCUAUUGUCUGGUGAAGUUAGUCUUGGUUAACUUUUGUUUAUUUACACCUGCAUGUAAUUAAAGAAAAUGUUGUAAUAUAUUAUGUACCUUUGUGUCUGCCUCUAUGGUGGAAACUCCAAGGCUUGAGGUUCAGUACUGAUUCUUUGCAUUGCAACCAGCCCAUCCACAGUUCCUGUACCCAGUUAGUUUGACGAGACUGAUUUUGAUGAAUGUUGCAACUUUUAUUUAUUUAUUUAGUUUCCAGAUACUGCACUUAGUCAUUAAAAGGAGAAUUCCUGUUUUACGUUAUUCCAUUUUUGUCAUUUAGAAAUUUUGCUUAGAAGAAAUGGUAUGAAAAUAAUGUUGGAAAUUAUUAUAUUUUAUUUAUGUUGCAGAUUAGUUUGCAACUUUUGGUACUUAGUCAUUUGUGGAUAUGGUGUGAAGUUAGCAUCAAUGACACAGACCUGGGAAACGUGUUGGCACUCGAUACUGUGUGUUCCUUGCAUUUGGCAACAUGAGAAAUUAAAAAUGCUUCUCUAUCAGCAAUUUUGUCUCAAACUUGAAGAAAUGAUUCUAAACAAGACUUCUUACACUUGGUUAUGCAACAAAUAGCACUUCCUCUGCGCAGGAAUAUUCACAGUAAAACAGCUCUGUGAAAAAAUUAACUUGGCCUCCACAUCUGGAUCAUAUGCAUCCCUGCUGAUUCUGUGUGUUUUCUUGUGGCAUAACCCACCUUCUAAUAGCUUACUGAUAGACCUUUUUUAUUGCCUGGAAUCCGUUUUCCAGCUUACCAGCAUUAUGAUAAUCAUUACAUGUUCCAAGAUAUUAUUGGAAUAAAAAAGUUAGACAGAGAGAAGUAAUAUACAAUCUCAGCAAUGGGACCAUGUUAUGAAUCACCAAGGCGCU